AUGGAAGUCCGGUCCAACCAUCACCACCAUCAGGAUGAUGAGCCCGUCAUUUCCGUCACGGGUCACGAACCCAGACCUCCAUCGCCGACGGCCACGACUCAUUCCCGUGGCCAAAAUCGUGUCGAACGAGACGCCUUAGAACUCCACCAAAUUGAGACACAGCUGGACAAUGAAUUCGGCUCCUCAACAGCAUCGAUCUCCUCUGGCGAAUAUCGCAUUACUACUCGUCGGACGGCCUCUCGCACCAGUCAACGCACAGAACGAAGUCAAGCGCCACGUAAGGGGCUCUUAGGGAAGGUUCAGCGUUUCUGGACACGCAACGUGGUUUUGACCGUUCCGCAGAAAAGUAACCGCGAUCACUUUGCGCUGGAGCGGACAUUCCUCGCCUAUAUCCGGACAUCAGUGGUCAUCGCAAUGCAAGGCGUACUAAUUGCUCAGCUCUUUCGCCUCCAACAACAGCCUUCAUCCGCUGAUCAAUUGACAUACUAUGAAAUAGCCAUCCCCCUUUCUGUGACGUGUCAUUGCAUUGCCGCCGUGGUAGCAGUGAUAGGAGCGUGUCGCUUUUGGACACAACAGAAUGCGGUCGCAUUGGGAACCGUCUAUGCCGGCGGUUGGGAGUUGAAUUGUAUCGGACUGCUAAUCGCAUUGAUAAUUUUGGCGCUUUUUGUCUUGUCAAUUGUGGUCAUGGUUGAACUUGAAUAA